CGACGACCACCACACAGCCGCCGGUCGUGUCGUAUGAACGCCGGCAGCCCUGACAUACGGCCGAGCGAGGGAGAGGUACGAGGUGCGUGGAAGUGUUUGAUGGAGGGGUCGUCGUCGUCGGACAGGUACAUGGAGAGGUGCGCCCUGGCCACGGAGCUGGCGCAGGUGCUCGACACGGUGAGGCAGCUGGAGGCGCAAAUGGGCGCGAAGGGCGUCGCUGACGACGGAGGGGAGCGGUGCCGGGCUCUGGUGUCCAGCAUGCGCUCCUCCGUCGAUAGGUCCAUCCACAUCGCCAUGUCGUCGUGCUGCACCCCUGGCGCUCCGGGUCCGGGGUCGCCGCCGUCCGCCGAGGGAAGUCCCCGCAGCGGCGGAUCCGACCAGGGUGCCGACUCCCGCUGCCGCGGCGCCAAUGCGGCCGGGCAAUGCAAGAAGAGGAAAGCGUUGCCCAAGUGGAGCACGCAGGUGAGGGUGAACACCGUGCAGGACGUCGGCCCCCUCGACGACGGCUUCAGCUGGAGGAAGUACGGCCAGAAGGACAUCCUCGGCGCCAAGUACCCAAGAGCCUACUUCCGGUGCACGUACCGGCACACGCAGAGCUGCCACGCGAGCAAGCAGGUGCAGCGCGCCGACGGCGACCCGCUGCUCUUCGACGUCGUCUACCACGGGAACCACACCUGCGCGCAGUGCAACAGCCUGCAGAGGCCGCGGCACGCAGGAGGCGGAGAACAAUGGCAGCCGCAGCCUACAGGCGGGCAGGAGCUGAGCUCCAUCAUCUCGGUCGGACUGAAGGACGAGGGGCUCGCGAAGGGGUUGUUGGACACUCCGUUCUCCUUCCAGUCCAAGCCAGCAGGCGCCGCCGAGACCGCCGGCGGCAGCGCACCGACCAGCGACUUCCCAGCUGGCGGUGCCUUCACUGCAUCCCCCUUCAUGUCUCCGGCGACGUCAGAGCACCAGGUUGUCAGGAACGAUCCCGACGUGGAGCUCACCUCCACGACGGACUCCCAGAUGGCGGACAUGGAGUUCAUGCUGCAGCUGGCCGACACCGAUUUCUUGGAUAAUUCGCGCUAUUUCUAAGUCGCCGCAGGACGAGAUUUGGGCACGAUUUUUGUAUAAACAAGCAUGUAAAAGUGGGAUAGAUAUGCCACGGAAACUAAUUUAGUGGCGAGCAGAUGAGUUCUGAUCGAUCUGAAAUUCUGAAA